AUGGCAGAAGCGAGAAGCGUUUGUAAGGGUACGUGUUUCAGAGGAGACCUGCCCCAGGGUUCAUGGUCCAACCUGGAGGCCGUGGGAGGAGGAGGUGGUUCCUCAGACGAGGGUGUGGAGAAGGACAAGAGAGGAGACGAUGUUUGUCCGUGGGACACACCGGGGUCCCCAGACAAGAAGCUACAUGCGGUAGCAGACGACACAUCAGGGUCUCAGAAGUUACAUCCGGUAGACGACACGGCAGCAUGCUCCUUUGACUCGCUCGGACACGUCGGGUCUCGCAAGAACUCAACACAGCUGGACUCGGGCAGCUCGUCCUCCGACAUCAGUCUUGCGGUGGCUGUCGAAGUGAGUGAAAGACUUCGGAAGAACUGUAAUGUGCAGGACAGAUUCCAGGGACGUCGAUCGUCAAACGUGUGUCCUCGGCCCUCUGUGUCGUCCAUGGAAGACGUGACGCCUCAGAGGUCGUUUGACUCGACGUCGUGCGAGGCCAACAUAAACCUACCCGUGGAAGUUCCUGAGAGAAUACGUAAAAAGUCGGUGAGCGGACCACCCGGCCGGAAACAGUCGACUGUGGCGCCACUCAUCAGCGUUAGUUCCGUAGCGGAGAACCCAGGUGGAAUGGAGGAGACGGAGGAGGGGGAAGUGGUGUCGGCUACAACGGGCGUGAAACAGGAGACAUCACAGAAACCUCCGGAGAACUCAUCAGAGAAACCCUCAAGCACACCUCAAGAAGCCUCUGGGAAAACCAACGACGUUUGUCCUUGGGAAGAUGAGGACAGUUGCAAAGUGGAUACGCCGUUUGUCAAGACAUACGUGACGCUUGACUAUUUGUAACAACUAGUGAAUUCAGUUUAUUCGCUACCUGAGCAGUGUUGGCUUUUCAAAAUUAACUGACCUCUUGAAAUUAACUUUCACCCGCACCACACUAUGUUAGUUUGUGUUAACUUGUUUUCCGUUCAAUGUUUGCUUUUCGAACGAUCGCCAUCCAUCUCGGUUUGGUCGGUUAUGAGCGUUGUGAUUUGGCGCAGAUUGAAUGAACAGAUUAUUGAUUCUGAUAGUUAGAUAUCUUGAAAAUAACCUAGACACAAUAUCUGAAGUGAAAUGAUACUGAUAAAAGCAAACAUUUGCAAGGUUAUUCUCGGGAGGAUUAUUUGUAAUGUGAGCUCGGGUGCGAAAGUUGCACAGGUGCAGAUUUACCCGUAUCAAACUGAGCCCUUGGUGCGGGAAAAUCCAAACUUCUGCUUUUUCGCACUUGCGGUAAAUAAGAAAAAAAAGAAAAACACAAAAAAAGUAGAUGUAAUGUUAGUUGGGAAAUUUAUUCUAUAUUGAUGUUGAGCUUAUUUACCAAUAUACCCUCAUGUUUGCACAUUCGCAGUUCUUGCACCAUUGUCUAAGUGUAACUCGGUGUAUCGGUGUUCCGAUUAGUGUGUAUGUGUUAGAUGUACGCAUUACAUGUGUCGUCUUAUUGUUUGAUGAAGCUCACAUUACGAAUAAUUCAAGGUCGGAUAUAUGAGGAAAGGACAAAGUUUUGUGGUGUGAACGAAGAGAUGGGUAAUGACAAGGUAGAUUCGAGGUACAUUUUUUGACAGGCCCUAAGUUAUUAUUUUUAACUUAAUUAAAUCACUUUGUACUUUCAUUUCACUUUGUAAAUCAAUGAUUUUCAAUGCACAAGGUCUUGUUGGACGGAAUUAAUAUGAUAGAAUCAGAUAAAAUCCAACUAAUCAGAAACUCAAUUAUUCUAAGCACGAUGUAUGUCUUAUCUGAAUAAGGAAAAAAUGUCUCCAAGGCAAAAGACCACCAACUUAAUAGUUUUCCUUUGAUUGUUGAAAUUUUAAGCGAUUUUGCAUUGUUAUGACUUUUCCUAUUAUAACCUCAAAUGGUGCUUUAAGUUGCUGUUGAAUUUGUUCUCAUAAUUUAUGGUUUAAAAUUGAAGUUGAGUUAUCAAUUUCAUGCUUUUUUCUCUGUCAAUGCACAAGUUGGUUAUUUAGUUUGGAAAGCACUGCUGGGGAUCCCAACGAUCUUGACUGAGGUUUCUUUGACUGAAAGCUGAGUUCUGUGCUACGGGAAUGUCUUUCAAGAGUUUACCAAGCUGUACAGUGUUAUGUCCUGGACUUAAAUACAGCCUAAUGAUCUGUGUUAUGUUGGGUUUGAACUGAAGAAGGUUUAUGAAUUGUUAUGAGAUAAGUAUGGCAAAUGCGAGAACAAAUAUGAAUCGAAAUCAGUAUGAAACGGAUUUUGUUAAAAGUGUUACUGUUGGUUUGUCAAGUCUGGUUGUCAAAAUAUGUUGGUAAAAAGAUUUUUUGUGUAAGAAACUUGCAGGAUUAUGCUGUGAAACGAUACCGGUAACAUAAGGCUUUCAAAAGUGGCAUAAAGUGUAAACAUACUCUGAGUAUUUUAAAUAUUCGUAACAUAUUUUACAUCAACUUUGCUGUAAAGUUUAAUUUUGUAAAAAAUAGUUGACUGUAAAAUAAUAUUAAGAUAGUGUAUUCGAUCGUCAAAUAAGUGAGGAACGAACAGAGGUGACGAAUAAAAAAACCACCCCAGAGGUGGCUGUAUGUUAUAUUCCUUGUUGAUUUGUGUAAUAAAAUAUUUUUAGAUACGUAGAUGUGAUUUAUAAAAUGUUAUUGGCUAUUUGUAGACGAAAACUAACUAGUGUUAUGUUUUGUUUUAUAUAAAAUUGCGGGACAGCAAAACAGUCUAUUAGUUAUCACACAUCGAUGUUAUUUUUUUAUCUAGGCCUGUAAAGAUGUUUUAACGUUAGACAAUACCGUUACUCUUUUUAACUUGUAAUGUAUCUCGGAAAUUGAAUUAUCAGAUGUGCUAGAGGCCAAAAUAUUUUAUUGCAACGUGUUAAUGUGCUGAUUACAAUUUUGGCAAAAAUUAAUUGUUUGAUAAUUGAUAGCGCUUUGAAAAUUAAUUCCAAUAAUUUUAAAUAAUCUGGGUGGUUUCAAGAUAAGUAUGUUAACUUAUCCUUUGAAGAAUUUCCAGUGAUACCCAAAAAAUGCUCAAUUUAUUUGCACAAUGUGGUUGAAUGAUUUCGCUUAUAGUGCCUGCAGAUUUGAGUGUCGAUUCUAAAUUGUCCGUUGCCAAAAUGUUAAAACACUGUAGGUGUGUGUUUGCGGUUACCGAGUGUUUUCAUUUGUCGAUGCUUUCACAGCUACAGUGUUCUGGAUGUUUACCAUUUUUGUAAAUCAAAUCGUACUUAUGAAAUCGUUCCUGUCAGAGUAGAUGGGUUUGUUGAGACGAAGGGAGGUUGCUAACUAUUGCCGCUUCCAUCGAUAUGAUGAGACAUUAGGCCUAAGCGCAUAUCUGAUCCUUAGUGUUGUUGUAGGUAGCUACGUCUGUUGGAGCUUUAUGUAAAUAGUACCAUAGCGGAAUGUUUCAAUACAUAUUUUUUGUCUACAGUUUUUUCAUAGUUUUAAUUAAGUCUAGUCUAGUCAUAUUGGUACCAAGUGAAUAGAGAUAAUACGUUUACAUUGUUUAAUUAAAUAGAUAUGGAAAUACAAUUUAAAAUUUCA